GUGAUGAAAUCAUUGUCAAGACUCUCCCACCUUCUAGCUCCUUUGCUCUGGUCGUUGUACAGCUCAUUCUGUCGUCCACCGGAUUCGAAAGAGAGCCUACACCUCUUCUAAUGCUUCUUCAUCGACAACACACGCAUCUAUCACCAACCCAACCCUGAUCCUGUUAUUCUUACAAUCCCAAGCCACAAAUUGCACUUACAGAUGGAUUCAGAAAUAUCUCAGCUUCAACCCCUCAAGGUAUAUCGUUAUCGCCCAGAGCACGACUCUAGUGAAUCCGCCUGGUGUGGGUGGAAGCACCUCAACCUCAAGGACAAACGACCGCGGCGUAUGUCGACACCAAAGUCUCUUACUAUCGUGACGUGGAACAUCGAUUACCACGAGCACUAUGUUGUACAGAGACUUGACGCUGCCUUGGAGUACCUCCAAAAGGACGUCUUCGAAUGUCUCAGCGACUCUGAUUCCCCUGGGCCGUGCUGCAUCCUUCUUCAAGAGGUCCAGACACGCGCGCUCAGAGAGAUAAGGUCUAACGAAUGGAUCCGCCGUCACUUUAUUAUGACGCCGAUCGACAACACCAAGUGGCCACAUUCAUUCGAGAAUGGCAAUAUCACCCUGAUCGAAAAAUCGAUCCUCAUACAUGAUGCCUACAUUCUCAAGUAUGGUAUGACCGACAUGGCGCGCUCCGCCAUCAUCGUCGAUAUUAGGAUGCUGAGCCGCUUAGGGUCCCAACGCCGAGUUAGGAUCAUCAAUACUCAGUUGGAGGGAAAUUUGGACGGAGGAGAUUUCAGGAGACAGCAGCUAAAGGAAUGCGCGAAGCUUCUGAAACGCUCGAAGUCGCAGCAGAAUCUGGCUCCAGCGCAGAGUGGAGGGCUCAUCGUGGGCGAUAUGAACGCACUGGAUGCAGACGCAGACGAGGUUGUGCGUUCGUUCGGGUUGGUGGAUACUGUUACACCACUGAAGGACGAAUCUGAAGGGCAUACAUGGGGGUACCAGGGUGGAAUGCACUGCCGGAAGGCUCGCCUGGAUAAAAUUCUCAGUUAUACUCCCGAUGGAAAGAAGCGGGUUCGAGUUUCGAACAUUAGGCGUAUUGGUAUUGGGUUGCAGUGGAAUGGCCAUUGGGUAAGCGACCAUUUCGGGCUUAUCGGCACUGUCGAUGUACUUGCAUAAUCAUCCUUUUAAUUCAUGUUGUAUAGCUCAAUGUAUCAAAUAUAACUGUAUGCGUAUCUACGUCUCAACGCAAUCUGAAAACGCUGAGUACAUGGAUACGACGCCUCGAGACUCUCAUGUGACUGAACGGAAAAGCUAACGGCAUAUUGCCUAGAUCGCU